CGCGUGGAGUGGGAAAUUGGAAUAUACGUCGCUAUACCCACCCGACAGAUGGGCCAUGAAUCGACGGAGGGGUGGACGCCGUCGAGGGACAUAGCCUGAGCCGUGGCUCGAGGUUUGGUCGCCGUCUCGAUCCGUGGAUCAGGCCUGGAGGUUUCCACUAGCCUCCGGCAGGGCAUGCAGUUAAUGCGGCUAUCUGGCUGUGCGGUGGUAGGUGAGAUGAAGGUUGAUUUCUCUAGGAUCCCAGUUCAGGGGGGAGGUCGAGAGAUUAACUGCGGCGCCGAGCUUCGUUUGUCCGGCGACCUAGCAGGCGACCUCGCACGCGCUCCGCCGACCAUGGAGUUCUUGCUUCAGCCGAUAAACAUAACGCUGCUUGAGGAGGUGAACGAUAACAACGGCGCAAUUGAGCCUGUGACGUUCCCCGUCACCGCGCCGGCGGAGCUUGCGCUUCCACUACCUGCCGCUUCAUCUGCGGACGCACAGAUCUAUUGGGCGGAGACAAAAGCUGCUGACGUGCGUUAGUCCUCCGAGCACUCAAUUCAACAAGU